CUCUCUCUCCCGUCAGAUUAGACUUCACUCGCGUUUAUGUCCAUAUCGAUCAGAUCUACGGUAGCUAUUGAAAGCGAUGUCAGGCGCCGAAGCUGAGAUUGUAUAUAUUACAUUUAGAAACAAAAACAGUAGGCCAACGACCGGAUAUUCGGGUUCAGCCCUACAGGGUUCUUGCUUUUUUUUGUAUCUUCAAUGUUUUUGCAGUUAUUGUACAUUUUUGGGGUUAAAAGGGUCUGCUGAAUGAAAUCUAAUGUAAACCUUUAUCAAAAGUUUAUUGAUUUGAGUAGUGAAAGCAUUCUUCGGAAAUAAACGUAAGCUACAAGAAAAGAUUCUCACCAGCCAAGAGUUUUUUUACUUGAGUGGCAAAUUACGUAAUUUUGUACCAUUUCACCUACUCUAUCUUCAGGUCAGUACUGCAUGCCGGAGGAGGGGGUGAAGCUUACACCACGCGGCCAGCUGCUGUCCACCUCGGAGAUUCUGACCCUGGCUCGCCUCUUCGUCAAGGAGGGGGUGGAGAAAAUCCGCCUCACUGGAGGAGAGCCCCUCAUCAGACCUGAUAUCCUGGAUAUCAUCGCUGAACUGAGGAAGUUGGAGGGCCUGAAAACCAUUGCAGUCACAACCAACGGCAUGAACCUGGCCAGGCUUCUGCCUAAGCUGAAGGAUACCGGUCUUAACCUGAUCAACAUCAGCCUGGAUACACUGGUCCCGGCCAAAUUUGAGUUCAUUGUCAGGCGGAAAGGGUUCCACAAGGUCAUGGAGGGCAUUGAUAAGGCCAUCGAAAUGGGCUACAACCCUGUCAAGGUUAACUGUGUGGUGAUGCGAGGCCUCAACGAGGAUGAGCUGCUAGAUUUCGUGGCGCUGACAGAGAAGAAGCCUCUGGAUGUGCGCUUCAUUGAAUACAUGCCCUUCGAUGGAAACAAGUGGAACUUUAAGAAGAUGGUGAGUUACCAGGAGAUGCUGGACCACAUCAGGCAGCAGUGGCCCAACCUGGAAAGGCUGGAAACCGGACACACAGAAACAGCCAAGACAUUUAAGGUCCCAGGCUUCACAGGGCAGGUGGGCUUCAUCACCUCCAUGUCUGACCAUUUCUGCGGCUCCUGCAACCGCUUACGUAUCACUGCAGACGGCAACCUGAAGGUGUGUUUGUUUGGGAACACUGAGGUGUCUCUGAGAGAUGUGUUGCGCUCCGGAGUAUCGGAAGAAGAGCUACUGCAAAUCGUUGGAGCUGCUGUUGGCAGGAAGAAGAAACAACAUGCAGGCAUGUUCAACAUUUCCCAGAUGAAGAACAGGCCUAUGAUCCUCAUUGACACUACAUCUGAAAGGCAUUUAUCUCAAGACAAAACGACAUCUUCCCCCAUAGUUUCCCAUUAUAGAAACGACACAUUCCUCUCUCCAAAAGCGGCUCCUCACAGGAGAGUCCUGAAUAGAGAGGGGUUUUUUUGCCUUCCAGACUGCACUGCUUCAACACAGGCAGCCCAUGUUUGCUGCCUUAGAACCUUAACAAGUGGGGGUACCGGUGUUACGUCGCAUAUCAACACAAAUACACGCACAAAUGUUAGGAGCUACAUUAAUGAAGGCUGUCUCAGGUACGCACAAGCCAGUGGUCACAAUGCUUUGAAGAGCCACUUACUCAGGCCCCCAGGAACACCCACUUGUUGCACAUUACUCAUGAAUCCCAAAAUUAAUCUUAAACAACACAAUGUAAGACUUUGCCACAAUCAAUGCUCCAGCAAAGACCCCAGUGUCAAACUCAGACCAUCUGUGAGUGAUCAGACACAGUCGGGCACAAAUGUCUAUAACACUGAGCUGGAUGAAGCCCAGCUAACGCAUACAGACACACAGGGCCGAGCCAACAUGGUGGAUGUUGGGGGGAAAGUUCCCACACGUCGAACAGCCACAGCCCGCGCCACCGUCAUCCUGGGCCCCACUGCUUUCCGGCUGCUUUGGGAUAACCAGCUGGCUAAGGGUGACGCCUUGGCUGUGGCGCAGCUGUCUGGCAUCAUGGCUUCCAAGCAGACCUCAGCCCUCAUCCCGCUCUGCCACCCCCUCCCCUUAGACCAUGCAUCUGUCACCUUCGACCUGGACGAGCAGCAGAACGCUGCGGUCAUCACAGCAACGUGUCGCACUACGGGCAAGACAGGAGUGGAGAUGGAGGCCCUGACAGCCGUUUCCGUUGCUGCGCUGACCAUCUAUGACAUGUGCAAGGCAGUGAGCCAUGACAUCAUCAUCACUGAUGUGAAACUGGUCAGCAAGACAGGAGGGAAGAGGGACUUUCAUCGUCAUCCCUGACUUAGUCCCUCCACUGACUGCAUCAAUCUUCACUGGCGUUGUAAUAUUUUUCUACAAAAAUGAAAUGUAUGCCAUCGUAAUAAUUAAAAAAUAUAUGCUCUUAUCACAUGAAGUUCUACACAAAUUCUAGCAGUAGUUAGCAUGAUUUUCAUCUCCACUAACAUUGUACCGAGGUUAAAUGACUUGACCUCUCACUAAUCCCAUACAAUAUGAAUCAUGGUAUCUAAACAGUAUAUGUUUAAUUUAAACUAGAAGGUCUUAAUUAUUUCGUGCUAGUGGACUAAAACGGCGGAUAAACUGUGGCGCGCUUACACUAAUUGCGCCGCGCUUACACUAAUUGCGCCGCAUAAGCGUAUAACA